AUUUGACAGACCUUUAACGGUCAUACUCCAUAGUUUUCUUUUGUCGUUCGGUUGCUGGAAUUUUUUUGACGAAUUUAUAUUUAUUUUUAAUCAAUUGACAUCGGGGAUCCGGCUGCCACAAUGGGUUCGCUGUUCCGGAGUGAGGAAAUGGCGCUAUGCCAGCUCUUCCUGCAGAGUGAGGCGGCCUACGCCUGCGUUUCCGAGUUGGGAGAACUUGGACUGGUCCAGUUCCGAGAUCUAAAUCCGGAUGUGAACGCCUUUCAAAGGAAGUUCGUCAAUGAAGUGCGUCGUUGCGAUGAAAUGGAGCGCAAGUUGCGCUACCUGGAGAAGGAGAUCAAGAAGGACGGCAUACCCAUGCUGGACACCGGGGAGAGUCCUGAGGCUCCGCAGCCCCGAGAGAUGAUCGACCUGGAGGCCACCUUUGAGAAGCUGGAGAACGAGUUGAGGGAGGUGAAUCAGAACGCCGAGGCCCUGAAGCGCAACUUUCUGGAGCUGACCGAGCUGAAGCACAUUCUCCGCAAAACCCAGGUCUUCUUCGACGAGCAAGAAGGCGGCGUUAACCAAACCACCGAGUCGAUGACCCGCGCCUUGAUCACGGACGAGGCGCGCACCGCUGGUGCCUCCAUGGGUCCCGUACAGCUCGGUUACAUGGAGAAAUCGAACGAACGUGAGGAUUAUCUUCCAUGCUUUGUGGCUGGCGUCAUUCUGAGGGAGCGACUCCCGGCCUUCGAGCGGAUGCUGUGGCGCGCCUGCAGGGGCAACGUCUUCCUUCGCCAGGCGAUGAUCGAGACGCCGCUGGAGGAUCCCACCAACGGCGACCAGGUGCACAAGUCGGUGUUCAUCAUCUUCUCAGGGGACCAACUGAAGACGCGCGUCAAGAAGAUCUGCGAGGGCUUCCGCGCCACACUCUAUCCUUGCCCCGAGGCUCCGGCCGAUCGUCGCGAGAUGGCCAUGGGUGUGAUGACUCGCAUCGAGGAUCUGAACACCGUGCUCGGCCAGACGCAGGACCAUCGCCAUCGCGUUCUCGUUGCAGCGGAAAACCUCAAGAACUGGUUUGUCAAGGUGCGCAAGAUUAAGGCCAUCUACCACACGCUGAAUCUCUUCAAUCUGGACGUGACAAAGUGUCUGAUCGCCGAGUGUUGGGUGCCGCUGCUGGACAUCGAAACCAUCCAGCUGGCCUUGCGUCGCGGAACCGAGAGAUCUGGAUCUUCGGUGCCGCCGAUUCUCAACCGGAUGCAGACGUUCGAGAAUCCGCCCACUUACAAUCGAACGAACAAGUUCACCAAGGCCUUCCAGGCGCUUAUCGAUGCUUACGGAGUGGCUAGUUAUCGGGAGAUGAAUCCGGCUCCCUACACGAUCAUCACCUUCCCCUUUCUGUUUGCCGUGAUGUUUGGAGUUGGGCAUGGAGCCAUUAUGGCGCUCUUUGGUCUCUGGAUGAUUCGAAAAGAGAAGGGACUGGCGGCUCAGAAGACGGACAACGAGAUCUGGAACAUUUUCUUCGGCGGACGGUACAUCAUCUUCCUUAUGGGCGUCUCCAUGUACACUGGUCUUAUAUACAACGAUAUAUUCUAAUCGCUAAAUAUCUUUGGAUCCCAUUGGCACCUGUCCUACAACAAGUCGACGGUGAUGGAUAACAAGUUCCUGCAGUUGAGCCCGAAAGGCGACUACGAGGGUGCCCCAUAUCCGUUCGGCAUGGAUCCCAUUUGGCAGGUGGCGGGGGCCAACAAGAUCAUCUUCCACAAUGCCUACAAGAUGAUUUCGAUUAUUUUCGGCGUUAUCCAUAUGAUCUUCGGCGUAGUAAUGAGCUGGCACAAUCACACGUAUUUCCGGAACAGGAUCUCGCUGAUGUACGAGUUCAUUCCUCAGCUUAUCUUCCUGCUGCUGCUCUUCUUCUACAUGGUUCUGCUGAUGUUCAUCAAAUGGAUCAAGUUCGCAGCCACCAAUGAAAAGCCCUACUCCGAAGCCUGUGCCCCCUCGAUUCUAAACUUUAUUGACAUGGUGCUAUUCAACACGCCUAAGCCACCGCCAGAGCAUUGUGAGACGUAUAUGUUCUUUGGCCAGCAUUUCAUCCAGGUGCUCUUCGUCUUGGUGGCCGUCGGAUGCAUUCCCGUAAUGCUGCUGGCUAAGCCGCUGCUCAUCAUGCAGGCUCGCAAGCAAGCGAACGAAGAGGUUCAGCCCAUCGCUGGUGCCACUUCGGAUGCGGAGACUGGCGGCGUGUCCAAUGGCGGAUCCCAUGGCGGUGGCGGAGGUCAUGAGGAGGAGGAGGAGCUGUCCGAGAUCUUCAUUCACCAGAGCAUCCACACCAUUGAGUAUGUUCUGGGUUCGGUUUCCCAUACUGCUUCAUUCCGAUUAUGGGCGCUCUUGGCGCAUGCCCAGUUGGCUGAGGUGUUAUGGACCAUGGUCCUCUCGAUUGGCCUGAAGCAGGAGGGUCCCGUGGGCGGCAUUGUGUUGACCUGCGUGUUUGCCUUCUGGGCCAUUCUUACGGUUGGCAUUCUGGUACUCAUGGAGGGUUUGUCCGCCUUCCUGCACACUCUGCGUCUUCACUGGGUCGAGUUCCAGAGCAAGUUCUACAAGGGACAGGGAUACGCCUUCCAACCCUUCUCGUUCGAUGCCAUAAUAGAAAAUGGAUCUGCCGCCGCCGAGGAGUAAAUGCUGCGGAAUCGGAUGGAGCAACAACCAAAGCACGUUGAGAGUCUCAUUGCGUUAUAUGAAAUUAACUAUCCAAAUAAGUGGAAUUUACCAGUUACAGUAACAAAAAAUAUGUACGCUUUAAUGUUCUAUUGUCGUGAAUUUAUCUAUCUAUAGCCAGCAGCGUUAGAUUGCUAAUAAUUAAUGUUCUUAGAAGACGUUCUCGUGUUUAUUAACUACACAUGUAAACUCAAAUAAAUAGAAAAGGCUAACCCCACU